CCUGAGCCACAACAAACCCCCCAUUCCCAAUCCCAACACAGUGAUGACAAGAUCUACAUCUCACCCUCCUCCCCCUCGGACCCCCUCGACCCCCGCAACUGGCCUCUCCUUUCCCGAACCAAAAACAUAACCCUCCUCUCCCUUCUCAUCUUCACCCAAGCCUGGGCCGGCGCCGCAGAUUCCAUGGCCAACAGCGUCGUGAGCCGCGAACUGAACAUUAGCAAAACAACCGAAAACCUGUCGACGGCCAUGUACCUGUUUGGAAUUGGCACGGGCGCGCUGGUUGCUGGUCCUGUAUCCGAAACAACGGGGCGGAAUCCGGUGUAUCUGGUUUCGACGUUUGGGUAUCUUCUUUGUGUGCUCGGUGUGGCGAUGGUGGAGGGGUUUGCGGGGAGGGUGGUGUGCAGGUUUUUUGUUGGGGUGUGUGCCAGUGCAACGUUGAGUGUGAAUGGCAGUAGCGUGAGGGAUCAGUUUAGGAGUGUCAAGAGGGCGUUUGUGUUUCCGGUGGUGGCGUGGGCGAAUGUUGCUGCCCCAGUCAUUGCCCCUAUCGCGGGGGGCUGGAUUGUUGACAACCCCCGACUCGGGUGGCGUUGGACAGAGUGGAUCACGCUCAUCAUAUCGGGUUUUGCAUUCCUCCUGGCGCUGCUGUUCCUCCCGGAGACUUAUCUCCCGCUUUUGCUGGACUGGAAAGCCGCCGGCCUACGCCGUGCCACCGGCGACCCGCGCUAUGUCUCGAAGCACGCUGAGUCGGCCACGCUCAUCGACCGGUUGAGAGCGGGAAUCACGCUGCCCGUCAAGUUCUUCGUGACCGAGCCCGUCGUCGCCGUUCUCGGCAUAUACUUAGUACUGCUCUACGUCCUGUUGUUCACCUUCCUCUCCGGCUUCGAUUACAUCUUCAAAGAGACAUACGGCCUGUCCACUGCGCAGACCGGCUCGUGCUUUGGCGCCAUCGCGGCCGGGUCUACGGCAUUCACCCUGUUUGCUCCGGGGCUGUACAGCUGGGCCAGGCGCAAAACGGAACAUGUCAGGGGCGCCAAGGUGACCCCCGAGUUCCGGCUCUGGCCGUCCAUUGUGGCAGGCCCGCUGCUUCCCGUGUCGCUUUUCUGGCUGGGAUGGGGCAACUACCAUAACAUCUCCAUCUGGUGCAGUCUCGGGGCGUGCUUCCUGUUUGGCGCCGUCCUGAUUGCCAUAUACGUCAGCAGUUACGAGUACAUUAUCGAUAGCUAUGGCGACCAUUCUGCUACGGCCCUGUCGAGCAUCACCAUGCUGCGGUACAUCAUCGCUGGGGGGAUGGUGACGGCGGCGAGGCCGCUCUACAUGGGGAUUGGUGUCCAUUGGACUCUGACGCUGCUCGGUUGCAUCGCCGUCGUGCUCGCCCCUGCUCCGUUGGUGUUUUGGAGAUUGGGGCCGAAUUUGAGAAAAAGAAGUCCGUACGCCGAGAGUCCAGAGGACAAAUCGUGA